AUAUAAUAUGUCAAGAAUUCAGAAAUAUUUCUAAGAAUACGCUUGUUCAUAGAUCUUCCAUACAUUCGUUUGGAACGCUUAUUGAGAGGCAUAACAGAAUUCUUUCAUUUUCUGAGAACAUGGAAAAAUUUUUCUCCUUGUUCUCGUUAUUGCAAGUUUUUUGGAAUACAGCAGUUGUUUGCUGUCUUGGAUUUGUCUUGAUAAUUUCUAUUCACAAUGAAACUGGUGUUUUCGUGUUAGUGAAAACCAUGUCUGGUUACUUUUCUAUGAUAUUGGAAGUCUUUAUUAUUUGCUUGGCCGGAGAAUAUCUCAGCUCCAAAGGCAAAUUAAUUACUACAGCAACAUACGAAAUGCCAUGGUAUAAUAUGCCGUCAAAUCAGAGUAAAAUUUUAAUGUUCAUAAUGAUGAGAUCACAAAAGCGACUGGUAAUCACGGCAGGGAAAAUGAUGGAUAUGUCAUUCGAAUCUUUUACGACUAUUAUAAAAGCUUCAGCAUCAUAUAUAUCCGUUUUGUAUGCUAUUUAUUGACAUCAACAAAAACGUGCAGUAUCUAUUUUCU